AAAUAUUUGACAAUGUCAUAACAAAUUCAGAAAAUAAGAUAAUAAUUUGAAUAGUGUAUUUUGGAUUGUUAUUUAAACAAAAUUUUCAAUGCUAAUUUCAAAAUCUCUCAGUUUUCCAAUCGAACAAUGGGGGAAAAUAUUUAUGAGACGGAUGUCGGAUAACAAAAUUUACAAUUGCGGCCCUAUACUAGACGAUCGAGGGAUAUGCGCAAUAAAGCCUUGUGACUCUGAAAUAUGCUAUCCCCAACCGAGAGUUAUCAUCAUAGGCGCUGGCAUGGCAGGGCUGUCCGCAGCCGCCAGAUUAGCAGAACGGGGCAUUGACAAUAUUGCCGUACUAGAAGCCAAUGAAAGACCAGGAGGUAGAAUUAAUUCAUGUUGGCUCGGUGACAUUGUGGCAGAACUCGGUGCUCACUGGAGGCCUGACAAUUGCUUCACUCAUCUAGUUCAUUCAUUAGCUGCGUCAGAAAAUCCUCCCCGCCCCGGGGUGCCAGGUGCUCUGCAUGCAAGAGGACUCUUUAAUAGAGCUGUCACCGGAAAAAUGUCAUUUCCUCCUACUAUCAGUGCAUACUACAAGUUUCGGCAGAUAGAGGAAGAGGCAGCACAAUUAUAUUGUUUGGGUGGGAACAAGCAGCAGGGAUCUUUGGUAAAUUUUAUGAGUCUUCGAAUUCAACAAGAGCUCCAUGAAUACCCACUAGAACAGCAGGAGGAUGCCGCUAGAAUAAUGUUUGGACUCGCACAUAUAGUAAGUUCCCGAUGCGCUAGCGAUACCGCAUUACUUCGGGCAGAUCACUCUUGUUGUUUUAUGAACAUGCCGGGUGGAGAUGUAAGAGUACCGUUAGGGUUGAUAGCCACUUUAGCACCGAUCCUUCGACAAAUACCGGAGGGAGUGAUACGGUACUGUAAACCAGUCAGUUCCAUCUACUGGGGCACAUCCCAAAAAGCGGGACAUCGUGCUAUAGUUUGUGCGUGCGACGGAGAAGAAUUCCCAGCAGACUAUGUCGUAACUACGGUAUCCCUAGGUGUGCUAGGUUGCAACGCUGGGCGUUUAUUUUGUCCGACACUAUCGGCCGCGAAAAUAGACGCAAUGCGAUGUCUUGGAUACGGUUAUUGUAAUAAAAUUUUCUUAGAGUAUUGUCGUCCGUUCUGGUUUUGGCAUAAGGGAGAUUUAAACUUUAACUAUCGUAAUAACGAACUUUCCUGCUAUUCGAACUGGACGAAGGGUAUUACGGCAAUAGAGAUUGUGCCUAGCAGCAAUCGUGUAAUAUGUGUGUGGGUUGCGGGUGAGGAAGCCAUGGCAAUGGAAUGCAUGUCCGACAAAGACGUGGCCGAAGACGUUACAGAUGUACUGCGAUGCUCGACUGGUAACCAGUGCCUACCAUAUCCGGUCACAUUGUUAAGAUCGCGGUGGAUUUCUGAUCCCUUCUUCUGCGGAUCUUACUCUUACGAAGUUGAAUGUACUGCUGGAGAAGCUCAGAGAACUUUGGCAUGUCCUCUACCGGGUCCCGGUUCUCCUAUACCGCCUAUCCUUCUCUUUGCUGGAGAGGCCACCGUCCCUGGUCACUUUGCUACUGUGGCAGGUGCUAGAAUAAGCGGCAUUAGAGAAGCCGAAAGAAUUGUCCAGCUUACAAUGAGAUACAAAGGUCCACCUGUACCAGUAGAAUGUCGACAAGCAAGAGCAAAACAAGCAUAAAAAUAUAACCUUUAAUUUAGCCUCACAUUCUAAAUUUAUUAACUGUUUCCUUUAGACUUUGUAUUGCAAGUUCUAAUUAUGUGAUAAAGUUACCGCACCGCAUUCCUUUUAAAUAGCUAGUUUUCCAUUGAAUUUUCGUUGCAAUCUCUUUGUAACCGUUGGCGUUAAUUAAAAUAAAGCUCAAAUAGUGA